AUGCGUUGGAGGGCCAUGAUAUCAUCCAGAAUGCGCUCUCCCGCAUUCCCUCCACGCAGGCCCUCCGCCAUCGUGCGGUACCUCGUCCCCGCCAUAAUAAUCAUAACACUCUUCUACCACUUCAGCGGCCCACAGCAACAAAAUUCGCCCUCCAUACCACCCACUUCAUUCGUGUCGCCGCCCGACUCCCUCCCACAAAAUGCCCCGAGCCAGCCUGGGCGCGAGAGCCCAGCUGGGAAAACACCCGGGCAGUCUUCUGACCCGGGCGCGAACCUUCAACAUGACGCCAACAAGCACAGACCCGAGGCUGCCCAGGAGCCCAUAGUGGACACAAAACCAAAAGAGGAGGAGACGCUACAGUUGGAUCACAGCAAGCCGCCGGCUGCGGGAGGCGACAGCGGCAGCAACUCCGGGUCACAAUCCUCAGGCGCCGGCGCACAUCCCAUCGAUCGCCUCAUCGACCUCGCUAAUAAGCAGUUCGACGACCAGCUGACUGAUGAGUCGCGUACCCUCUCGGAAGCCGCGGCCGCCUACCGCAAGCGCCGCGGCCGACACCCCCCACCCGGCUUUGAUCAAUGGUACGCCUUCGCAAAAGAGAAGAAUGCCGUCAUGGUCGAGUCCUUCUGGGAUCAAAUCUACCACGACCUCGAGCCCUUCUGGGCCCUCCCCGCCCUCGAGAUCCGCAAGGCCGCGUGGGAUUACGAGAUGACCAUCAAUGUCAGGGACGGCACCGCAUCAGCCAAGAGUGACUGGUUCUGGACCCAGAUCUGGCUGAACCUCGUCAAGACAAUCGAGCACCUGCUGCCGGACAUGGACAUUGCCCUCAACGCCAUGGACGAGCCUCGCAUGGUGGUGCCCUGGGAGGACAUGAACGCGUACAUGAACAAGGCAAGCGCCUCCAGGACCAUGAUCCCGGCCAAGGAUGUCAUCAACGAAUUCGAGCACCUCAAAGCCCCCGGCGAAGGCCCUGAUCGCGACAUCGAGCUCCCUGAGAAAAACUGGGAGGGGACGAAGCCCUACUGGAACGUGGUCCAGCGUGGCUGCGCACCCGACAGCGCUGCUCGCAAGGCAGAGGUCAUGACUGACUUUGACCACGCCCCGAGCUUCAACCCUGCCUUCUCCGAACCCCAUACGUACAAGGGCUACGUCUCGAACUACACCAUGUCCACUCAAGUUUGCCACCAGCCCGACCUCCAAGGCCUCAACGGCAUUUUUAUUGAACCUCUGACCGUGUCCGCCACCAAGACUCUGUUCCCCAUGUUUGGAGGGUCCAAGCUGGCCGUGAACAACGAGAUCCUCCUGCCCGCGCCCAUGUACUGGAACGAGGAAGAGAGGUUCACCGGCGGUGACCAGCACGGCGUGGACUGGCCGCAAAAGAAAGACGGGGUCAUCUGGAGGGGCGUUGCCACAGGUGGCCGGAACAGAGAAAACAACUGGCGCGCCUUUCAGCGACACCGUUUCGUGGCCAUGAAUAACGGCACAAAGAUAAGCAGGGCCGAGGACUGGACCGAGCUGCCGCUCAACUUCGAGCUCCCCUCGGCGACAUAUGGCCUGGCUGCCCAGAAGACAACCAAGCCCGACUCCGCGCGGACGAAGCUUGGUCCGUGGGUUGACAGCUGGGCCGAUGUGGCAUUCGUGGACCUCAUGUGCGUCGAGGAGGAAGAGGGUGGCCAGUGCUACUACACCUCGCCGUAUUUCGAGGUGCAACUGGGUGUCACCCUCGCAGAGCAGUUCAACUGGAAGUAUCUCCCCGACAUCGACGGCAACUCGUUCAGUGGCCGCUACCUGGGCUUCCUCCGAUCGACUAGUCUCCCGAUCAAGGCAACCGUGUGGCGGGAGUGGCACGACAGCCGCCUGAUAGCAUGGAAGCACUUUGUGCCCAUGGACAACCGCUUCCAGGACUGGUUUGGUAUCAUGGAGUACUUCCUCGGGUACAACGACGGCGAAAAGACGGUCAAGGGACACGACGAGCAGGCCGCCAAGAUUGCCGCCGCGGGCAAGGAGUGGGCCGAACGCGUGCUGCGCAAAGAGGACAUGCAGAUCUACGUGCUGCGGCUGCUACUGGAAUACGCCCGAAUCAGCGAUGAGAGACGCGAGAAGAUGGGCUGGGUCGGGGACCUGGUCGACACCUCCAGGGCGGACAGCUGA